AGAUAUGGAGUGAGAGAAGAGAAGAAGAGAGCAUGAAAGAGAGCUGUGGCGGAGGGAAGGCCACAAAUAAGUGAAGGGGAGGACAGCAGGGAGAGAAAGCAAUGUGAGCGAGUGAGCGAGAGAGAGAGAGAGAGAGAGAGGGGGAGUAAAGAGUGAGCAGGGCGUGCUCAGACUGAAUCAGAGGGAGGAAGAAAGCUGGUGAAGGUUCACUAUUAUUUUUCCUGCCACUACAUGAAUAUCCUUUACAAAAAGGAAUUGAUCUUGUCAAUGGAUUUACUCUUUUAACUCUUUAUCUUUGAAAUCUUUUAGUGGAAAUACUUAGCAUAACUUUUGAGUUUUGGUGAAGUUGUCCAAGUUAAUCUUUGAUUACUCCGACACCAACCACAUUUACAGUUCAUUCAUUGUUCUGGCAAAGUCACCGUCUGUGUGGAUUAUUCUCUUUUGCCUUUGACAUGGGGAUUGGUAAGAAGCUACUCAUCCUGGGCUUGAUGUGUAUGCUGGGGAAGUGUUUCUCUGACUGUCCCCGAGGAUUCGGCUCAGUAUCGGGCAAAUGUGUUGAUAUUAAUGAGUGUGAAGAAGAUGGAUGUGGGAAUAACACAACGUGCUUCAACACAAAUGGCAGCUACUACUGUCAGUGCGAGUCUGGCUUCAGAGACACUAAGGGGCAGGUGAAUUUCACGGAGGAUAGUGGACAGUGCCAAGAUGUCAACGAGUGUCUCGAAGAACGUGGAAUCUGUGGCCAUGGGGCUUCUUGUUCUAACCAGAUUGGGAGGUACAAUUGCACCUGCCUGUCCGGGUACAUCAACUCAAGCAGUAGAACUAAAGGCUGCAUAGACAUAGACGAAUGUGAACAAGCUAACAUCUGUGGAGAGAAAGGCACGUGUAAGAACACAGACGGGAGCUACCUGUGCGAGUGUCCAAAAGGAUUCACCAAUUACGGCAACGAAAGGACUCUAUGUUCAGAACUUGACUGUGACGGCUUCAAUGCUGCAAGUGGGCCAACACAGUCGCUUGGAGGCUUGGCAAACAUUUUAUCCAUGAUGAAACACAGCUGUUUGUCUCUCUCUAACCCGAAUGCUACAUUUGAUGAGAGGCUUAAUGGAGAUGCGUUACUGGAGAGAAUUUUAACAGCGACUGAUGCCAUCCUUUCACCUGGUCAUGUGGACAGCAGUGAAGGUGUGAGCGCAUUGCUCAGUACACUGGAGAACUCCAUCAUGCUUAUCGGUCCUCAACUGAAAAAGAACCUGACCAGGAUGGGGACUAAUGAGACAGAUGCAGAGAUUGUUGUUCAGAGAGGAGACACCCGGCCCACUGGACCAAUCCAUUUGACCAAUGACAAUGCAACACUUGACACUGACUGGGAAACAGCCACUGGGACUGGAAAAUAUCCUGGCUUUGCUCUGGCCGCACUGUUGAGCUACAAGAACCUGAAGAGCUCAGGUGACAGAUCUUUUGAGGAGCUCAAAGGACUUGAAAAAGAUGGCGUGGAUCCCUCCAUUCGGAUCUACUCUCGAGUUGUGUCUGUCCUGGUCUCUAAUCCCUCCACUCAACAUCUGCGCCGCUCUGUUAACAUCACACUCAGACAUGUGGAGGACACAGACGCGUCCCUCGAGGUGAGCUACAUCUGUGCCUACUGGAGUGAGCGAGAGGCCUGGUCCACAGAUGGUUGCUAUCAGCAGUCCUCCAAUGCCUCGCACACUGUGUGUAUUUGUGAACAUCUGAGCAGCUUUGCAGUACUCAUGGCCCUGUACCCCAUGGAGCACCCGUUUGCGCUCCAGAUGGUGAGCAGGAUCGGGCUGAUCAUCUCCGUAGUGUGUCUGACACUGUGCAUCCUGACGUUCAAGUUCUGCCGCUCCAUACAAGGGACGCGCACCACCAUCCACCUGCACCUGUGUGUCUGCCUCCUCCUGGCUGACAUCAUCUUUCUGGCGGGCAUUUCACAAACUAAACCUGUGGGCGGCUGCAGAUUUGUUGCUGCCAUGCUUCAUUAUUUCUUCUUGGGCGUCUUCGCCUGGAUGUUGCUGGAAGGUGUGCAGCUCUACCGCAUGGUGGUCCUGGUCUUCAAUGCCAACAUUCGUCCUCUUUAUCUAAUAGUCUUUGGCUACGGGAUGCCUCUUGUCGUCGUCGUCGUUUCUGCGAUCAUUAGACCAAACAGCUACGGCACAGACAAGCACUGCUGGCUGUCCUUGGAAGAUGGCCUCAUCUGGAGUUUCUUUGGCCCUGUGUGCCUCAUCAUCAUCAUCAAUGUCCUCUUCUUCAUCAUCACGGUGUGGAAGCUCGCCCAGAAGUUCACCAGCCUCAACCCGGAUCUGUCCACGCUCCACAAAAUUAAAGCAUUCACAGUGACGGCUAUCGCCCAGAUGUGCAUACUGGGACUGAUGUGGGUGUUUGGAGCCUUGCUGUUUGAAAAGAGCCGAACAGCAGAAGUGGCAGCGUAUAUCUUUACUAUUCUGAACAGCCUACAGGGAGCGCUGCUGUUCUUCAUGCACUGCCUGCUGUCCAAACAGGUGAGAGAUGAGUAUGCCCAUUUCCUCUCCUGCAUCUGCACGCCACAGAAGAAGAGAUACUCGGACUUGAGCAGCACCAAUCCCUCCAGCAGUCAGUCACAAGCUUCAAAGAGUGCGCAGCACACUGGGGAAUCGCAAAUAUAAACAGCUCUGUCCUUUAAUCAUCCUCAAAGAGUAAGCUAAGUUAGCCCUUAUUUGAAAGAUUUGGGUCAUUUAAAAAAAAAUAACAACAAAAAUAAUAAUAAUAAUAAUAAUAAUUAUUAUUAUAAUCAUAAUAAUAAAUUCAGUCAUUAUUUACCUCACCUUAAAGUCAGGGUUAGCGGUUUCACCAACCUGAGAGACUGGGACAAAAUGACCAUGUCUGCAAGAAAUAAGAAAAAAAGCAGUGACGGUGUCUCAACCAGUUUUGUCUUAGACAAAUUCUUGUUUUUGUUGUUUUAAUGAUUUUGAUGUUCAGCUGUGUUGAGUGCAAAGGCCAUAGCAUAGGAUUCACGUCACUUUCUGCGACCCUUUUAGCCCUGAGCGUUCAGUUUGUUGCGUCGAGUUGCAAACGUAUGCGUAUCACUUAAACGAUAGAACAGGGGUGUCAAACAUACGGCCCGGGGGCCAGAACCGGCCCGACAGAGGGUCCAAUCCGGCCCACAGGAUGAAUUUGUUAAAAUUUCACACUAAUCUAAACGUAAUGUCAAAUGCUCCAGAUACCCGUGACUAAAUGUUUGUGCCUUUAUAGAUCCAGUGUGCUGUGUAAAUAGUAAAUUUAGGCACGAUAUUGUUGAAAUAGCACUUAUAUUGCUCAAGAAAUUUCAUGUUUUGUAAAAUUAUCCUUCAGUAAAUGUAAAACAAAGGAGAAAAAACAUAGGGGUUCUUGUUGUUCAUAGGUUAUUAUGCUAUUAUUUUACUAUUUUUACUGGUCCGGCCCCCUUGAGAUCAAAUUGUGCUGUAUGUGGCCCCUGAACAAAAAUGAGUUUGACACCCCUGCGAUAGAAGAACGUAUACUGAUAAUGACUGAAUUCUUAUUUCGAUAUUUAAGGUAUUCCUUUCCAAUAUUUGCUGUAUUCCCAUUGGUUCAAAGUGAUACUGAUUCAGAGCAUUUAUUUUCAAGUGUCUACGCAGGCUGAACAGUAAAUAUGAUUAAAACGCGCGCAUUCACUUUGCUUUAUUGUUUCAUACAAGUGUUGUAAAUAAGAUCGCGUGGGCUUCUGUUCGCCGGAGCGUCACAGAACAGAAGCCUUUUCAUGUACUGUAUUUAACAGUAUGCUGUAUUGGUAAGAAACCAAUGAUUCAUGAUGCCUAUUGCCAUUGAAGUGGCUCUGAUUGCCUCUCGUUCCUCCUGUGGCCUUCUGUGAGGACUGAUAUUCUUGAUUUUUAAACAAAAUAAGUGGAUUUCUUCAAAGCACUUGUGGCUGUUUUUUUAAGUUUUUUUUUUUUAGAAUCUAGAUAGAUAGAUAGAUAGAUAGAUACUGUAUUGAUCCCGAAGAUAAUUCAAGUCAAUUCAAAUCUAUCUUGGCUUCUGCCUCCUGAGCUGCGCCUUUGUCCACGAAGUUGUUCAUGGACAAUUGACAAAAACAGACCCACCCCUCUGAUAAGCGUGCAGCUUCCUGCAAUCAAACAGUGUUUAUGGAGUAAAAUGUUCUUCUAAUGACUUCAAGCCUCUGCCUUCACACACUGUCGGUCACUGUGCAGUGUUACAUUCCUGAAACGAGAGCUCCCGCCGUUUUGUUGGGGGUCUAAUGGGAGAUGUUCGGACUUGAGUUUUAUUAUUUUAUUGCACUUUGUCUUUGUCCAGCACAUCUUCACUUACAUGGUGCACCGGAUAAUCCAGUCCCACGUACACACGACCAGUUCACAUUUGGUAAUGAGACAAAGAUUAGUUUUUCUAUUAUAUCAAAUUCAUUAGGACCUUUUAAAGUAAUAGAUUUUAGAGAAUUGUUUCCCCCUUUCAUAUUAGGAGUGUUUAGUUUGCCACUGAACUGAAGUCUGGUUUGUGAGUGUGACUGGCAACCAUAUUGUCACCAUUGUUACUGUUUGUUCAUGCAUUUCAAAAAAUGUAUAUUUAUGUGAAAAAGCUACUAUAUGCAAUAUGCAGCAUUUUGUGAAUGUAAGAUUGUGAGAUUCCUAUUGUCUUGAGUUUACUAUGCUAUAUGAUCUAGUUUGAAGCUAUUUUUCUACUUAUUUUUCAAAGUUGUUUUUUGGUACUAUGUUUAUUUUAGGAAUAUGCAGCAGAAAUUGUUAUUAAACUGUGUUCUUGUA